AUGAGAAAAUUCACCCUGCACACCGACCACAAGCCUCUGCUCGCCGUUUUCGGUUCAAAAAAAGGAAUUCCUGUGCACACCACCAAUCGCCUACAACGGUGGGCGCUCAUUCUUCUGUCGUACGACUUCGAAAUAAAGCACAUUUCAACUGAUGACUUCGGCUAUGCUGACGUGCUUUCCCGGCUCAUUGAUACCAAAAUCAAACCGGAAGAAGAUUUCGUGAUUGCUUCCGUUCAUCUAGAGGGAGAAAUUACUGCUACGAUCGAUGCGGCAAUAAACGUUUUACCAAUCAACUUCAAGCAUCUACAAGCGGCUACAAUCAAGGACAAAACUCUUCAAACAGUCAUCAAAUUCGUCCAGUCAUCGUGGCCCAAGUCAGUGAAGCAGGUUGAAGAUUCGAUUCGUCCGUUCUACGCUCGCAAAGAUGCACUAUCUGUGGUUCGCGAGUGCCUCAUUCUAGCAGAUCGAGUUGUUGUUCCGCAUAUUUAUCAGCAACAGAUUCUCAAGGCUCUCCACCAUGGUCAUCCGGGACAAGAUAGAAUGAAAGCGAUGAUGCGUAGCCACGUCUACUGGCCUGGAGUAGACCAAGAUGUCGAGGACUUCGUACGAUCCUGCCGAGCUUGCGCCGCUGUCGCGAAGGCUCCUACUAAAACUUUGCUGUCAUCCUGGCCCAAAUCAAGUCGUCCUUGGCAACGGCUCCACAUAGAUUACGCGGGACCAUUUGAAGGUAAUUACUUUUUGGUGAUCAUCGACUCCUACAGCAAAUGGCCUGAAAUCCUUCGAACUUCAUCGAUCUCCGCCAAAGUGACUACCGAGUUGCUUGUGGAAACAUUCGCACGCUAUGGCCUACCAGAAACCAUCGUAAGCGACAACGGGACGCAGUUUUCUUGUAGCCUUUUCAAAGAACUGUGCGACUCCCUGGACAUUUUGCACAUUCGAACUGCGCCGUAUCAUCCACAAUCAAACGGCCAAGCUGAACGGUUUGUGGACACACUUAAGCGGAGCCUGAGGAAGAUUAUGCCUGAAACACACAACUCCAUCACACGAUCACUGCAAAUAUUUUUGGCUGCCUAUCGAGCUACUCCCAACAAGUCAGCACCUAAUGGUCUGUCGCCUGCUGAAAUUUUGAUGGGGAGGAAACACCGUACAACUCUGGACUUGCUCAAGCCACGUUCAGAGCGAACAACACCACUUGAGCGAAACCAACUCCAAGAAGAGCAGUUUAACCGAAGGCACGGGGCACAAAAGCGACAGUUCGAGAAAGGAGACCCUGUCUACGCCAGCAUUUUGAUUCAAGGAAAGCUCGUCUGGCUGAUUGGCACCAUUAUUGAACGCAUCGGUACUGUUAACUACAACGUCUGGCUGGAAGAAAAGAAGCGGCUCAUCAAGUCACAUGCAAACCAACUCCGUGCUCGGGGGGACUCAAAAGUCGAGGCCUACCCGGAAGAAGCUGCAUCGGAGGUCAAGCUGCCUCUGCACAUCCUGCUCCAAGACUUCGAUCUCGGCGAAGAUCCAGCAACACCUGAGGUUCCCAGUAUCCAGAAAGUGGCGAAGGCACCAUGCGAGUAA